GUCAACUGUCAACCUAAACAACACUUUUGACGUUUUAGAUUUCGCUUUAUAUACAUCGUCACUUUAUUAUGAAUUUUUCUUUGUAAAAAACAACGCUUUAGGUUUAUUAAGUACAAAAUGAUUUCAUCGUUUAUAAAAUCGUACUUAUUGUUAACAUCGUUAAUAAGUUUAGCCAGUUGUUCUUACGAAUUAAGAUUACGAAGCGACAGUCCAGUUGUUGUUGGAGCUACUUUAACAUUCCGGGCCGAGUUAUAUGAAGAUGAUAAACCAGCAACAUCGACUUAUAAAUUUGAGUGGCAAGAUAAUACGAGACCAUCUCAUUCAAGAACUACUGAGUAUCAAGAAGCUGUGGAUGAAUGGAAGGUUAAUUACACAAAUGUCACACCAGGAGAUUAUAAGCUAGUAAUUACAGUGUACAAAUCUUAUCUUGUGUUUGAUUAUCCGAUUGCAUCUGCUGUUAAAGAUUUUGAAAUAACUGAACAAUUAAAUGGGAGAUUCAACAUUAUCCAAAAUAACACAAUAAUGGAUACUUUUAUUUCUAAUGCAGCGAUAGCUUCCCAUGAAAUAAAACUGAAUGAUGCUGAUUUUAAUUUUUUAAAGAAUCAAUCAAUGUCCGUUUUGACUUAUUGGUUUGUUGAUUGUGAUUAUGAAGGGGUUACUGGCAAUUUAAAAUUUGAAAAUGAGUAUAAAACUAUUGAUAAAGUCCAUAAAAUUGAGGCAUUAGUUGUUGGUGGUUAUGAACCUUUAACUACCACAACAACUACAACCACUACGACAACCACAACAACUACUACAACAACUACAACUCCACCAACUACAACAACUACUGUAAAACCAAGUAGUACUUCAGUGGGAAUUCCUACUUCAAAAAGUGUUUCAAGUAGUGAGUUGGUUGAAGUAAAAAAUAAUGCGAUUGAACGAAGUAAAAGGGCGGCUCAUUCGAAUAAAAUUGAUGUGUACGAUAAAAGUUUAUUAAUUAAGUCAAAUAAAACAAUUAAAGGUAGCCCUAUGAUUUGUAAUAAUACUAUUUUGCCUGUAGGAGCAGGUAGUAUUUAUGGUUAUUUUUCAAAGGUUGUUACUGUGAAAGCUCCAGUAUCAAAUUUUUCAAUUAGUGGUAACAAUUGGGUACAUCAAGGCGAUAUCUUACGUUUAAAAAUAAAAUGUGAAGGUUCAAAAUCUUUCAGUUAUUGCCUUACUUAUUACCCGCACAUUCACAAUAUAACAGGAAAUGAGACAUGCGCUAAUCCUCUUACUCUUGAUUCUUGUGAUUUUCCAAUCAUCAGAUUUUAUGGGACGCCAGGGCCUCAAACCAUUGUUGUUGUUAUUUCUAACGACAUCAAUAAAAUGGUUCGGCCAAUUACAGUAACAGUUUACGAAGUAAAAAAGCAAGCACAAUUAUCGGUUAUCGUGGUUCCUGUUUCUUUCAGUAUAUUAGCGAUUGUAUUAAUUAUAUUUGGAGUUUCGUAUCAUAUACAAAAUAGGAGGAGAUUCACGGUUGAAGUGGCAGACUUUAAUUUUGGUCCACAUAAUCAAUGUGCGGAUUACAUGACGUUCAGGGAGCGUUUGCGGGAAUCCAUAAUGAAUACCUUUACAAGAACCCAAGUGAAUAAUUCCGAAGAGAACAGCGAAAGCGGUCCUAUAUGGCCUCCAAAUCAAAAGUACGGAAGCAUGCCUAGAUUUUAAUUGUUUUAAAUUGUCAAAUCUAUAAAAUUAUUAUGUUGAGAUUUAUUUUUUUUUUUCAAUUUAUUUUUAGUGGUUUAUUCUAAUAAGACGUUCUUCUAAUUAGUGGAAUAUGACAUCAUAAUUUAAGCGUUUAGAGGUCAAAUAUGCAAAUCUAGUUUCUAUUUUAUUUUAAUACGUUUUCCUAGCAGCCGUUAUUCCAAUCUUGAUGAUUGCAAUUUUAAAGAAAUAUAUUAUUAAUUGGCUCCACUGAUAGGAAUGUGAUAUUAGUUGUACAUAGAUGUGUAUUUAUAAUUUAUACUGUUAAAUAUUUAAGCAAAACAUUUACGAAUACUAAUAGUAUUGAUACAAAUGAUACAAAAAGAGAAUCUUAAGCAAUACUUCUUUUAAAUUACAGCUGCUUGUGAAGGAAUAUUAUUGUACAUAAGUACUUAUUAUAAUAUAUUUUUGUUAGUAAAUUAUAAUACGAUAAUUUUAAACGAAAAAGAUUUAACUU